AUGAGGCCCAGAGACCUGGCGUGGAUGGUCCUCCUCACCAUCGCAGGAGGACUCCGCGCCGAAGACACGCCCUGCGGCCUGCCCCGCGUGGAGAACGGGAGGAUCGCCGUCUAUUACUACACGUUCGAGAGCUUUUACUUCCCGAUGGCCGUGGGCCACUCGCUGGCCUUCUCCUGCCUGGCCGGCUACACCACCGACUCGGGGAAGCAAGAGGACAGGACCGCCUGCACCGCGGGGGGCUGGGCCCCCGAGCCCAGGUGCUACAAGAAGUGCCCGCGGCCCGCCCUGACCCACGGCCAGCUCGCCGAGGCCAAGCUGCUGUUCGGGGUCCGAGAGAAGCUGCGCUACACGUGCGCCCCGGGGUUCCGCACCCCCGGGGGGCUGGCCGAGGAGGAGCUGCAGUGUCUCGCCGGCGGGUGGUCCUCGCAGCCGGCCUGCCGGGAGCAGCAGGACACGUGUUCGGUUCCUGAGCUGCCUCACGGGAAUUACUCCACGACUCAGACCACCUUCCGCCUGGGGGACCGCGUGCGGUACCGGUGCGACCCCGGCCACUACACCACGCAGGGCCUGUCGGCCGAGGAGGCCGAGUGCCGCUCGCACGGGUGGUUCCUCCCGCCGUCGUGUAACAAAUUAACGUGCACCCCUUUAAGAUCCGUAGAAAACGGUUAUUUUAUACCCGUCAAGCCAAUCUACGAAGAAGGAGAUGUGGUACAGUUCUUCUGCCAUGAAAAUUAUUAUCUCAGUGGACCGGACCUAAUCCAGUGCUACGAAUUUGGCUGGUUCCCCAAAGUUCCUGUGUGCCAAGGAACAAGAACCCGGUGCCCGCCUCCCGCCCUGCCCCCCGACGCCAAGUUCAUCGCCAACUCCCCCAGCUACCACGACGGGGACGUGAUCUACGUCGAGUGCCAGCUCAACUACCGGCUGCGGGGCAUGGAGGUGAUGCGCUGUGUCGACGGAAAGUGGACGGACCCUCCCAAGUGCCUGGAGGAAACACACAAGAUCGCCUGCGACCAGCCGCCCGACGUGCAGCACGGGGAGCCCAACGACACCGCCGAGGCCUACUACACGGGCGACCGCGUGGCCUACAGCUGCCACGUCGGCUUUGACCUCCAGGGCCCCCAGGAGAUCACCUGCCAGCGGGGGGUGUGGUCCAGCCCCCCACAGUGUGUCGAAAACUUUGAGAUCUGCCAGCUUCCCCCCAAGAUAUCCCACGGGGUCCUGGUGGGCGGCGAGCGGGUGAGCUACCGGACCGGGGAGUCCGUGGAGUACACGUGCAACGAGUACCACAUCAUGAGCGGAGAGAAGAGAUCCAGCUGUGACCACGGGCUGUGGUCCUCGCCCCCUGUGUGCUUAGAGCCGUGUGACGUCAGCGAGGCGGCCCUGGAGAGGAACAACAUCGUGAUGAGGUGGGAGUACGAGGGGAAGGUCCUCCACGGGGACCUCAUCGACUUCCUGUGCAGGCCCGGGUUCGACCCGGCGCCGGCCACCCCGGCCGCCGGGCUGUCUGCGCAGUGCGACCGCGGCCAAGUGCAGUACCCUCUGUGCAUGAGGAAAGAAUCCAAAGGCAAGUGCGGGCCGCCUCCUCGUGUCGAUCACGCGCAGGUUGUGAACUCAAGCCUCCGGGCCGACUCCUUCGAAAGCGGCUCCUCGGUGGAGUACCGGUGCAUGGCGUUCUAUUUCCUGCAAGGGUCUAUCUACUCCUACUGUGUCGACGGUGUGUGGACCGAGCCGCCCUCGUGCUUAGAGCCCUGCAAGUUAUCCUUGGAUGAAAUGGACAGGAACAACUUGCUUCUGAAAUGGCGCUUUGACAACAGGCUCCUCGUUCUGCACGGCGAGUACGUAGAAUUUGUCUGCAGGAGGAACUCCUACCUGACGGAGGUGUCGGAGUUCGCCGUGGAGCUCAGAGUGCCGUGCGACAGCGGGCGGCUGACAUACCCCAGAUGUGUCCCCAGGCGCAGGAGGGCAUAUUAA